CCCCGACCUUUCUUUUAUCGAUCCAAACUCGAUUCCCCUUGUUUUCUAUUCGAUCUAGUGUUUGAAUUCUUGUUCUUUCCAUUUCUUUAAUUUAUCUAUCUACUCAUAUAAUAAUUCACUCCUUUUCUAUAUUUUUUUUUUUCUUUUUGUUGGCUCCAAAUAGUAGUAUUAUUAUUAUUUUUUAUAUUUUGUUUUCUGGUUUCCUGUUUGUAUGGCUGGUUUGGACUUAGGUUCUUCUUCCCACUUCGUUUCUCAGCUCCACCACCACCACCGCCCCUCCGAUCUCCACCUCCAGAUACCACGUGAUUCCGAUGACCAGUCCCACCGCCACCACUUCUCCGGCGAUAACGCCGACGAAGACUCUCACCAGGCCCUGGAGAGCCUCCAGGUCAACUCCACCAACACAAGCUCCGGCGGCACCGGCGAUUUGGCUGGCGGGCGCCGGCCGCGCGGCCGUCCCGCCGGGUCGAAGAACAAGCCGAAACCCCCGGUGAUCAUCACGCGCGAGAGCGCCAACACGCUCCGGGCCCACAUACUGGAGGUGGGCAGCGGCUGCGACGUCUUCGAGGCGGUGGCCACCUACGCCAGGCGACGGCAGAGGGGGGUUUGCAUACUCAGCGGCACCGGCACAGUCAACAACGUCAGCCUGCGCCAGCCCGCCGCGGCGGGCAGCGUGGCCACCCUCCACGGCCGGUUCGAGAUUCUGUCCCUAUCCGGUUCCUUCCUGCCUCCGCCGGCGCCGCCGGGCGCCACCAGUUUGACCAUAUACCUGGCCGGCGGCCAGGGCCAGGUUGUCGGUGGAAAUGUCGUCGGCGCGUUGAUCGCGUCGGGACCCGUCAUCAUCGUGGCGGCGUCGUUUACCAACGUGGCCUACGAGCGGCUGCCGCUGGAUGAGGAGGAAGCGCCUCAGAUGCCGCCGUCAGGCGGCGGCGGCGGAAGUGGCGGCGGGAAUGGAGGCAACCAGUUUCCCGAUCCGUCGUUGGGGCUUCCGUUCUUAAAUUUGCCGUUGAAUAUGCCUAACAACGGCCAGCUACAAAUGGACGACGGUGCAUGGGCCGGAAACUCCGGCGGCGGCGGCCGGCAACAAUAUUAAUAAAGGUCAGAUAAUUCAUGAAUCUUCAUCAACACACAAGUUUAAUUCUCCCUGUAAUUAAAUUGUUUCUUGUUUUUUUUCGGCACUUUAAUUAAUUUUUAGGUCUUGAUCAUAUGCUUUUUCCGACUUGUGAUUUGGGAUAAAUUAAAUUGAUCCUAUAAUUUAAUUCUAGUUUUUAAUUUUUAAAAUUUUAAUUUUUGUGAAAGUUCUUGAUGAGUUGAGAAAUUAUUAAUUAAUUUAGUUAUUAUAUUGCAACUUGUUGUGAGGUAAUAAUGUAAGUUGUCUUUACCUAAUUUAUAUGCUAAAUUGAUUCCCUCUU